GAGCCUUGGUUCCCUGCAAACCUCCCACAAGCCCCUCAUAGAGAAAGCAAACAGCAAGAGCAGCAACCAUGCCAAGAGUCAAAACCUUCCUCAUCUUUCUCUUGCUGAUCCUUCUCCUUGCGUCUUCUUCUUGCCAAGCUGGAAGAACUCAAACUGGGAAGGAACCUGCAUACCUGGUGGCCAGGAUGAACAGCAGAAAGGCAUUACUGGAGACUACAUUAGAUUAUGAUUAUGGAGGAGCCAACCCUAAGCAUGACCCCAAGAAAGGAAAGCCAGGGAUUGGAGGCAAACCCUAGCUUAAAGCCUCUUCUGUCCCACUGGAUUAGUCUCAUCUUUACUGUUUCUUUCUCUGCACAUCAACCUGCAGCAUCAAAAACACAUAUAGAUAUUUAUGUUCUACAUGUUGUCAAUUUUUUCAACUGUAUGGCAAUACUGAGAUGCCGAUGUUCAUGUGGUUCUUGUUGAGGCAGGAGCUCCCUACUCAAUCUUCUUGUGCCGCUGAACAAUACAUGUACUGGUUUGAAUCAGAGUGUAGCCUUUGAAUCAGUAAAAUGAGAGUGAAUUUGUACUACUAGUCUCUUGUUUCAUGUAAUAAUCCUUAAGGAAGCAAGUCAAUGAUCUUAUAUGUGUGUUAUCAUU